AUGCACCUGAAGGCGACGAAGCCGAAGGAAACCACCACCACCAACAACAAUAAAACUUCGAUGGACCUGGGCGCUGAGCCGAUUCAGCCGGAGAUGAGCAGCGCCCUCGAGCUGCCCGGCUCGCCGCUGUACGUCGCCUGCGCCUACUCGGGUCGCAUUGCCGUCGCCUUCAAGUACGGGCACUCCUAUACGGCGGCUGCCCGUGGAGAUGGAAACAAGCGCUUCAUCAACAUUGGCAUCGCCGUCUACGAGUGCCAGUCGAGCGGUGGCUCCGACUGGAUCCUCGAGGACACCAUCAAGGUGGAGCGCAUACCGCUGCUGGAGCAGACCGAUGUGGUGGAUGGCGAUGUCGCGGCGGAAGAGGACCUCAUCGCCAGUCAGAAUGUCGCCUAUGACCUCGGGCCGCUGGUGGACAAGACGCUGAAGAACCAGCAGGCGUCGCUCAGUCUGACCACCAAGAUCGCGUCCUCUGGCGCCUCGCCCUCGAAUCCUUUCCUCUCUGCAAACUCUGACCAUCAGCAGCACCACUCUUCGGCAUCCUUUGAAGGCGCCUUGGAGGAGGGCUCUGGUGGUGGUGGCAGCAGCAAUCACCGCGUGGCCAACAUACAACGCCUGCUGGCGGUGCCCAGCUACACGACCAUUCAGUCGCUGCGGCGGCUCAUUGCCGAGCAGGGCAACCAGCCGGGCAGCUUCACGCAAAAGUCGCCGGUCCUGCUGGACUGGGUCUCCACCGAGGAUGGCUCGCACCUGCUGACCGCGUCGGCAGGGCACAAGGUCGCCCUCUUUGCGCCGGUCACGCAGCGAAAGUCGGUGGCGGCCGUGGCGGCGACGGCGACUACGACCACCGAAGCAAACAGACAGGCGGCCGCCCCGAGGACGUCGACCACCUCGAGCACCACGUCGACGCUCAUUCCGCAGCAGUCCUUUGGUGGCCCGGGAGGAGGAGGAGGAGGAGGAAGUACCUCCUCGCCGAGCAGCUUCACCCGCCAGACCUCCCAGCUGCUGUACAACCACAGCAGUGCUGCUGGCGGCCCUGGAGGCAGCCACAUCUCCGUCACGCGGUGGAUGGUGCUCCGGGUGGCGGAGCUGGCCUCGGUGGACGGCCUGCCGCCGCUGCCGAUGCAGCUCAGCUGGGUCCGCGACGGCAUCCUCGUCGUCGGCAUGGACAAUGAGAUGCUCAUCUACACGCAGUGGAAGCGAGCUGGGCCGCCGGCGCUGGUCGGCGGCUCGGCGCAGUCUUCAGCAGCGGCGGCUGAAAAGACCGCUACCAGCAACAGCAGACAGCAGCAACGACCGCUGGCCACCACCGCCGCCGCCGCAGUUCGACGCUACCCCUUUGACUCGGUGGACCUGCCGGCGGAGCGAUUUGUGGCGACCAGCAGUUCGGCGGGGGCUAAGGAUGCCACUGAAGCGACGAGCAACGAGAAGAACAACAUCAUCAGCUCCGGGGAGCACCAGCCGGACGACUAUGGCCUUUUUGAGGCCUUUCGCCUCAGCUCGCCGGUCAUUCCGCAGUACCACCCGCGGCAGCUGAUGGAGCUGCUCGCCUUCGGGAAGAUUCACCGCGUCCGCGCCAUUCUCUCGCACCUGGUCGCCUCGCUGUGCUCCAUUGGAGGCUCAAAGGAGGGCUACAACAGCUACAACCCGGCGAAUAUGGGCGGCCCACACGGCGGCGGCAGCUCAUUUGAGAAUGACGCCCGCAGUCCGCGCGCCUGGACCCGAACCAGGGCGCUCUCCAUUGCCCAGCAGCCGUCGCCGCAUGAAAGUGGUGGUGGAACUGGCGGCGGUGGCGCCGGUGGCUCCAGCGUCAGCCCCGGUCUGGACGGUCACACCAAUCCGAUCGUCGCCGAGGAGAUUCAGCUGGACUACACGGAGAUUGCCUCCAUUCGGCCGCUGCCGCUGUACGCCCUCCUCCAGGCAGACGAGGGCGUCAGCGCGGAGCGAACCAAAGCGAUGGAGGAGGCGAAGGCGAAGGCGAAGGCGAAGCAGGCGGCGAACAAGGUCGCCGGAGGAAGAGGCGCCGCCCUCGGAUCGUCCUCGGCCUUUACGCUGGACGGCGCCGAGGCGCUGGACGCGGACGCCCUCUUCGAGGACCUCUACAGCUACAAGACGCAAGUGGAGGAGACGCUGGACGAGUUUCUCGGCAACCGGACGGCCUUCAACUUCUCCAACCUGGCGACGAGCAAGUUCCUCAAGUCGGGCGGUGGUGGUGGUGACGGGGCUGCUGCUUCGGCGAACGCAGCCGCCGCCGCCGCCGGCGACGCCUACUACGAGGGCGAGCUGCACAUCAGCAUUCACUUUGACCAGCGGCAGGCGGCGCUGCUCAGCAAGCUGCUCACCCACUCGCACCUGCCCGGCCUGAGCAGCCUCGAUCAGAUGCACCUGCUGGCGUUGGCCGACUCUCUGGCCUCCUUUAGCGACCUGGCCGACAAGACGGGCGGGGGAGGGGGCGGCACCGGAGCAGGCGACAGCCUCUCCUCAACGCCGGCCACCGCCGAACCCUCCGCCAACUCGCUGGACGACUGCGGCCUGCGCUACCUACUGAACAUGCGCCAGCACGUCUACCUCCUGCGCUGUCUGCCGCUGAUGCAGCGGAAGGCGCUGCAGGCGGCCGGCCUCGGCCUCCACAACAUCAUCUGGGCCUUUCACAGCGAGACGCAGGAGGAGCUGGUGCAGCUGGUCACCAUGCCGGCCAAUCCCACUGCUGCUGCUGCAGGAGGAGCCAACCCCGCCCUCAAGUCGAUCACCUGGGCGGAGCUCCGCGAGGUGGGCGUCGGCUACUGGGUGCGCAAUAACGCCCUCCUCCGCAAGGUGAUUGAGCGGCUGGCGAAGGCGGCCUUCAAGGCGCGCAACGACCCCCUCGACGCCGCCCUCUACUACAUGGCCAUGCGGAAGAAGAACCUGGUGUGGGGCCUCUACCGCUCGGUGCAGGACCGCAAGAUGACCGACUUCUUCAGCCACGACUUUGGCGAGGACAAGUGGCGGAAGGCGGCGCUGAAGAACGCCUACGCGCUGAUGGGCAAGCAGCGCUUUGAGCACGCCGUCGCCUUCUUCCUCCUCGCCGGCUCGCUCUGGGACGCCGUGGAGGUGUGUCUGAACCGCCUGGACGACCUGCAGCUGGCGAUGGUCAUUGUGCGGCUGUACGACGGCGGCGACAUUGAGACGGUGCCCGAGACGCUGAAGCGGAUGCUCCAGGAGGAGAUUCUCGGCUACCGACAGGGCGGGACGGUGCAGGACCGGCAGCUGGCCCACCCGGACCCCUUUCUCCGCUCCAUGGCCUACUGGAUGCUGCACGAGUACAAUCUGGCGCUGUCGACGCUGCUCGAGGUGGGCGACGUGGGCAGUCGCCACCCGAAGACGGUGGAGGCGAUGAAUAGCAGCAACAGCGGUGGUGGUGGUGGUGGUGGAGGAGGACGUUCCACCUAUGCGACGCCCCAGCCGCCACCGACCAGCACAGGCAAUGCAGAAGAGGACGGCUCGGUUGGGAGCAACUUUGAGGGCCUCCACCCGGCGGUGUUCAACUUUUACCUGUACCUGCGCACGCAGCCGCUCAUCGUACGGCGGGCGCAGGUGGCGCAGCACAACAUUGGCACCACCGUGGGCAGCUCAACGGCGGCGGCAGCAGGAGCCCUAGGAGCAGGUGCGAAGAAGUUCACCCGCUCGACGUCCACCGCAAAGAAUGAGCCGGCCCCGCAGAGCAAAAAGUCGCACCUGUUUAGCGGGGCGACGAACCGGGCCGAUGCCAUCGCCAUCACCGCCUUUGAGCGGCGGCUCUUCUUCCUCACCGCCCACCGGCACCUGCGGGCGGGCUGUCCGGCGCUCGCCCUCGAGGUCCUCUCCCGCCUGCCCGCCAACAUUCUCUCCUACUCGGAGAAGAGCGAGCUGGAGGAGUGNACCCGCUCGACGUCCACCGCAAAGAAUGAGCCGGCCCCGCAGAGCAAAAAGUCGCACCUGUUUAGCGGGGCGACGAACCGGGCCGAUGCCAUCGCCAUCACCGCCUUUGAGCGGCGGCUCUUCUUCCUCACCGCCCACCGGCACCUGCGGGCGGGCUGUCCGGCGCUCGCCCUCGAGGUCCUCUCCCGACUGCCCGCCAACAUUCUCUCCUACUCGGAGAAGAGCGAGCUGGAGGAGUGCAGCCGGCGGAUGUCGCUGCCCGAGGCGGCGCUCCGACUCGCCGACGAUGGCCACCUGCCGCAGGCGGCGAAGCUCGCCGUCGCCACGCCCUCCAAGGCCGAAGAUCUGUUCUCUGGAGGAGGUGGAGGCGGUGGGGGAGGUGGCUUUGACUGGGGCGCGCCCACCUCGAGUCUCUUUGAGCCCACCACCUCCAGUCUGUUUGCGCCCACCGAGGAGGAGGAGUUUAAGAUUACCUUUGACGAUGAUGAGAAAAGUGAGGACGAUGAGGACGAAGAUGAGGGCGGACUGCAGAUGAAGGCGCCGGAAAAGGCAGCUGAGUCUUCAGAAGCCCCAGCAGCUGAUAGCAGCAGUAAAGAUCAGCAGCAGCAGCAGACAAAGAUUGACGUCAUGGCGCAGCAGUUCAAGUUCAUCGCCUGUCUGAAGAUUCUCAUGGAGGAGCUCAGCACGCUGGCCACCGGCUUUGAGGUGGACGGCGGCCAGCUGCGCUACCAGCUGUACAUCUGGCUGGAGCGCUCGGUGACCAUCCUCAAGGAGACCGUCAACUACCACACCUUCUCGCUGAGGUCUUCAAGCAGUGAAGGAGAUCAACAGCAGGAGGCGGCUCAUCAACAGCUUCCACCCACGGCCCACCCACAACCGCCGCUGCCCUCACUGCACGACAUUCUGCUCGCCGACAAGGCCGACUUUGAGUCGAAGAUGGAGCGCUGCCGGCGGCGGAAGAGCUGGCUGCUCGCCAAUGAGGCGCUGCUGCGCAACCUGCUCAGCUACUGUUCGCUGCACGGCGCCCACGGCGGCGGCCUCGCCUCCGUCCGCAUGGAGCUGAUCCUCCUGCUGCAGGAGCUGCAGCAGGACCGGACGCCGCAGCAGCAGCUGCUGUCGCCGCUGCCGCUGCCCACCACGCUGCCGCUGCUGACCGCCUCGGUGGCCAGUCAGAAGACGGUAGUGGCCGAUCCGAUUCGCUACCUCCAGUCGACCAUCCACGACAUUCUCGGCUCGCUGGCGGAGAUUGCCACGUACCACUCCUACGCCAGCUCGCUCUACAGUCUGGUGCACAUUCUGCGCGACCUGGGCAUCAGCCUCUCCUCCUGCGUCUACCAGUCGCUCUGUGACUGCGACACCGUCAUGCAGAAUGUAGCAGGAGGUGGUGGUGGUGGUGGGGGACGGACUUCGAAGAACAGCUCCAGCAGAGCACCUGCUCCACGACCACCGCCACCGCAGCAUCAACAGCUGACGGCCACCCGAAGCACCGGAGGAGGCGGAAGUAACCCCUCUGGUGAGCAGCUUCCUGGUGGAGCAGCAACCAGCUCGGCCAGCUCGGAGCUGCUCAUCAACGGCGGCGUCGGCCUCGGAUCCUCAACCAGCUCGAACGAGCCACUGGUGGCCACCUCGCCGCCCAGCAAGUGGCCCGGCGUGCAGUCCCUUCAGGCGUUGAUUGUCCGCGAGAAGGACGAGGACCUGCCGAAGCUGCACACGCUGCUCUGCGAGGCCUACGUCGCCGUCUACCUCAGUCAGCUGGUGUACGCGCUGACGAUCUGCGACGCGGGCAUCCUCUUCCGCCUGGUCGGCCUGCGCUUCACCGAGCGCAGCUGGGCGGACCUCUUUGGGGGCGGGGUGAAGCGGCUGCUCUGCUACGUGUCGGCCGCAUCAGUGGGCGGUCCGUCGGGGCUUGCCGGAGGCGGCGGUGCUGCUGGGGGCGGAGCUGUUCCUGCGGGCGGAGCUCCGGUCUCGCCCAAUGACCUGCUCAACGGCGGAGCGCCGCACAAUGACCUGCUGAACACGCUCUCCAAGCAGCGCAUGAAGCUGCACAUGAAGAUUCUCGAGCAGCUGAACCAGGCCUCGGGGGCGAUGCAGGCGGCCGGAGCGGCGGCCGUCGAUGUGGUCAGCGCCGUCAGCACGGGCAUGGUCAACGUGGCCACCAGCCCCAGCAGCACCUUCACCAGUCUGGGCAAUCAGUUUGGAGGCGGAGGAGGUGGGGCUGUUCCUGGAUCAGCAGCCUCCUCCUCUGCAGCAGCCACGGUGCCCGCCACCGCCGAGCAGCGACCCACCUACCGGGAGACCUUUGUGCCGCCGGCGGUGUCGCUGGUCAACUACCUGAUGAGCAAGCCGGAGCUGGCGGACGAGCUGCGCCACCUCGACUACGACUCGAACGCCUCCGAGGGCGAGGGGGGCGGCGAGGAGGGCGAGGACUUUGAGGACGGCGGCAUUGGCGGCAAGUUUCGCAGUGAGCUGGCGGCGAAGAGCGGCGGCGAGAAGAAGGACGACGACGACGAGCCGGACGAUGAGGAGUACGACAACUGGGCAAACGAGGGCGGCGGAAGUGGCGGCGCCUCGAAGAAGAAGUCGAAGCAGGACCUGGCGGCGGAGAAGCGCAAGGCGAACCUCGAGUACGACCUCUACGCGUGGUGCAUCAUUCGGCUGGCGGUGGCCCGGCUCGCCUACGAGCAGCUCGACCGCUUCCUCACCGUCUCCGGCCUGGAGAAGGGCGACCUGCCGACGACCAGCCCGGCGAUUCACGCCAUGCUGAAGACGCUCAAGCGGUGGCAGUACUCGCUGGCCUUCUACAUGAACGAGUUCACCCACCUGCCGGACCGCUUCCUCCCCAACAUGUACGUGGACGGGGAGAAGACCAGCGGCCCGGUGAUUGCCAAGUACAAGUCGCUGCUGGAGACGAACAACACGCCCUUUAGGGGUGGCGGCGGCGGCAGUGGCAGCAGCAGCUGCUCGCUGAAGGCGAACAAGCGCCUGUGGAACUACCUGGUGCGGCAGCGCAGCGUCCAGGACGUCUUCAUUCGGUACAUCUACGCGAAGGCGAAGGCGGCGAAGCUGGCGCGGGACCACGGCGCCACCGCCAUCUGCAACUCGCUCUCCGGGUCGGCGCUCAACGAGUCGGCGGGCGGUGGCGGCGGUGGAAGUUCCGAAGGCGGAAAUACCGCCUCUGACCAGAGGACGAUGCAGCCGGGCAGUGAUCGGGAAGAUGCUCAGCAGCAGAACCAACAGAAUCAGCAGCAGCAGCCCGAGCUGGCGACCUUUGGCGGGCCGAUGGGCCGGCGGAUGCCCGAGCCGCUGCGCAUCGUCCACAAGGACCAGGACCAGAUUACCGCCUUCUGCCUGAACCGGUCCUCGUCGCCGGGGCUGCUCGCCAUCAGCACGCAGAAGGAGAUUCAGGAGCUGAACAUUCGCCCCCUGCUGGACGCCUGCGUGCCCUGGCUGGAGGAGGACACCGAGAUGGACAUUCUCAACCUAAGGCAGAAACACGACCUCGCCUACUCCACCUCCUCCUACGUGGACUUUCUCCUGGUGCAGCAUCCCUCGGACCGGCUGCAGACGUCGCCCGGCGGCCAGGCCAUGGGACGACAGCAGCCGCUCAGUGCAGGGGCAGGAGGGGCGGCGGCUGGAAGCCAGCAGACGCCCACUAAGCAGCCAGUUCUGCUCAAGCGACACAAGACGGAAACCGUCCGCCGACUUGCCUCUCACCCUUCACUUCCACUCUAUCUGUCGGGCGGGCAGGACGGUAGCGUCGUCCUGUGGGAGUUCAACCACCAGUUGCCCAUUAGUACGCCCCGUUCGCCGGGCACCUUCGCCAAGGUCACCCGGGUGGCCUUCAACCAGCAGGGCAACAAAUUUGGCGUCGCCGACACUGACGGCAAUCUCAGCCUCUGGCAGGUGCUCGCCGGCCACAGUCAGCCUUACUUUACCUACCUCUGCCACAACAAGACCAUCAGCGACUUUACCUUCCUCGGCUCCAGCUCGCUGGUGAUGACCGCCGGCCACUCGGCCGAUCACCGCAACGUCGUCCUCUGGGACACGCUGAUGCCCACGAAGAAGUGCCUGGUCAGCUCCUUUGGCGCCCACGAACAUGGGGCGGCCUCGAUCGCCUACGGCCCCCUCAAUCAGAUUGUCAUCACCGGGGGAAAGAAGGGCGAGGUGGCCAUCUACGACAUGCGCCAGCGCCUGCAGCGAGACCGCUUUCAGGCGCACGAGGGCGGCGGCAGCGGCGCCGCCGUCAAGGCGAUCGCCCUCGACCCGGGCGAGGAGUUCUUUGCCACCGGCUCGGCGGACGGCGAUAUCAAGGUCUGGUCACUGACCGGCGCCACGCCGCGCCAGCUGCUCUUUAGCUUUCCGGCGGAGCACACGCGCAGCACCUUCUUCCGCAGCAUGACCGCCGGCACGACCGGCGUCUCGCAGCUGUACAUUGACGGCAGCGGCCGCCUGUUCUCCUGCGGCGCCGACGGCUCGCUGAAGAUGCGCCACAUUCCCACGGUGGAGUGCCAGCCGAGGUGGUUCUUCGCCCCCGGGUCGCCCUCCACGCAGCAGGCGCUCUUUGGCGGGGGCGUCGGCGUCGAUGAGUACUACGGAGGGGGCUUUCGCGGCAAUGAGCACAGCUUCAUCAACGGCAACGGCGUCGUCAGCUCCUACUACUGA